CCCCUUCAUCAUCUCUGUUUAAAAAUGAAUACAUCACUCUUCUUCUUUUUCAGUCCAGUCGUCUCACUCAAAUACUAUACCGCGAUAAGGGUGUUCACAACAUGGACGCUCAUAUGCUUCCACUGCAGAGAGGUUCUCAUCUCUUAGUGGGUGAGCCCAGCGUGCAGAUAUUUGAGGAACCCAAGCAAAGGGGCAUGCGCUUCAGAUACAAGUGUGAGGGGCGAUCGGCUGGCAGCAUCCCCGGUGAGAGGAGCACGGACAACAACAGGACCUACCCCAGCAUCCAGAUUUUGAAUUUCACUGGCAAAGGAAAGGUGCGUGUGUCACUGGUGACCAAGAACGAGCCCUACAGACCACACCCCCACGAUCUGGUGGGUAAGGACUGCAAGGACGGGUACUACGAGGCAGAGUUUGGGCCUGAGCGCAGGGUCAUUGCCUUUCAGAACCUGGGGAUCCAGUGCGUGAGAAGGAGGGAGGUGAAGGAAGCGAUAAUGCAGAGGAUUGCCCGCCACAUUAAUCCCUUCAAUGUGCCCCGGGAACACCUGCUGCAGACCGAGGAGUACAACCUGAACGUGGUGCGGCUGUGCUUCCAGGUGUUCCUACAGGACGAGGCCGGCCAGUACAGCCGCGUGCUCCCGCCCAUCGUCUCCAACCCCAUCUACGACAACCGUGCCCCAAAUACCGCCGAACUCCGGAUCUGCCGAGUCAACAAGAACAGCGGUAGCGUGAAGGGAGGAGACGAGAUCUUCCUGCUCUGUGACAAGGUUCAGAAAGACGACAUCGAGGUGCGGUUCUUCACGCACAACUGGGAGGCCAAGGGCUCCUUCUCCCAGGCCGACGUCCACAGGCAGGUGGCCAUCGUCUUCAAGACGCCGGCGUACUUCGACCCGUCCAUCGCGUCGCCCGUGACCGUGCGCAUGCAGCUGCGCCGACCCACCGACCAGGAGGUCAGCGAGGCCAUGGAGUUCCGAUACCUGCCCGACGACAAAGAUCCCUAUGGUUGUCAGGAGAAAAAGAGAAGGAGAGAAGACUUGAUGAAAUCCUUCCCCAGUUUUACGGGUCUGAACCAGGCGAACAGAGUUAAGGCUGUGCCACGCACUCAAAUGAUGGGUCAGCCCAUUAAAAAAGAGCCCCCUAACAUGUACAUGAGGAUGGAGGGCAUGUACCCCAACCCCUACCAGCAGUCUGUUCCCCAUCGCACCAUGAUGACAUCACAGGUAGCCACUCAGGCGUCGGUGUCCAUCAGCCAGGCCUGGUCCCACCCCAGCCCCGCGCUGUCCCUGGACGCCAUCCGCAUCAACCCCUCCUCCUCCGCCGACGGCCACGGCAACGGCCCCGGCAACGGCAUGCAGCAGCUCCAGUGCAAUUCGGGGUACCCCAGCGCGGGCGACGGGAGCAGCCUGCCCCUGCUGACGGAGGGGGACCUGCAGUGCCUGGGGCCAGAGACGCAGGCCUUAAACAGUCACCCUUCCCAGCUGCUCCAGCAGCAGCAGCAGCAGCAGCAGCAGGCCUCCCUGCCCGUCCACAGGAAGGACCAGGGGGCGGGGCCAGGGGCGGGGCUGCAGUCGACCUGGGCCGGUUACGGGCUCCCGGCUGCGCAGGACGUGCUGAACGGAGACUGCGGCGUCAACGCUCAGCUGCCCUACAUGGGCAACGAGGACUUCCUGCAGUGCCUGGCCGACUCCUCCCCCUCGGGCUUCACCAUGAAGCGGGAGCCGCAGGCCGCCAUGGAAACGGGCCAGGGCGUGGGCAUGAUGCCCUCCUCCGACUGCCACCUCUCCUACACCCCCCUGCUGCCCCGCCCCGCCAACAACGAGGGCGCCCUGGAGGCUGCCGUCCUCAGCGUCGCCCCCGGCUGGCCUGAAGGCCUUCAAGAACCAGUUCUCCACCAAUCAGGGUGGCUCUGAAGCCAACCUGUCGUUCAAUUGGCCCUAUUAGCUGUGAUGCAAUGAGGAAGGAGGCCCUGUCUGUAGGCUACGCCAUUAACAUGAAAAGAAUGUUCGAUACAUGAUGUUCUGUCAACUGGAAAUUCCUUCAUUCCUUUAUCAAAUUUUCUAUUUUUUUACUUUUUUUAUACAGGCUGCUCUUUUAGAUGAAUGUAUUUUCUAUCAAAUUUGAAAAUCAUUUGGUUUUCAAAUCAGAAUAAUCAGUCAAAGGAUUCGCUGCAAUGAGCAAAAAAAAGUGGAGCAACUGUUGCUUCAGAGCAUUUUUGUAACCUUUUUAACGGUCAGGCAAAGGCUUUCGUUUAAGGCCAGUUUUGUAUUUAUGUGUAUAUAAAUUUAUGAAGCCAUAUUUGGGACUUGCAUGCAAAAGCUCUCGAGAGUGGCAACGUUACACCGUACUUCUGUUCUUUAUAAAGGAGUUCAAAGGGAUGAGGAGUUCCUUGGUAAUGGCUAUGUCAUAUAUAACACAUGUACUCUCCAAAGUUCUCAGAGCAUUCUUCAGCUACUCAGUGAACUACAGUGUCACGUAUAGCACGCAUCACCGGUCGAGGCCAGAAUUCACGUGGUACAAACGCUUCCUUCAGGAUUGCGUAAGAGAUUUGAAGGGCUUUGUUCACGAGCGGAAAGACAUACUUUCCCUUGCCUUGUAAAUGACACUCGAUUCUCUUAUUGAUGUCUAACUUCUAGGGUGAUGUCGGAAACACUCUUUCGAAACGCUCUUUAAAUAUUUCUGAAAUGCAUUUGUAAUCCCGCUUUUUUCUGUUCCUUUUUAUUUCACAAUGUAGCUAUUGUAUUUAAUAUAUAAUUGUCUAACAUUUGAAUGUACUAAACAUUUCUUAAUAAAUGCAUUGUGGUUAAUGUGAUGUUGUUGCUAGCAACAAACAACAAAAGUAACCAAUUUCUUUGAACACCUGUAAAUGGAAAUUAUGAUUAGACAUGCAGCCACAAGCAAAGAUAUCUAAUGCAUCAGUUGCACUGUACCAAGUCUGAGCAUUUGAAUGGAAACAUUUUUCAUAAUGGAAGGUCAAGGUACAUAUAUUCAUAAUACAAGUGAUUCUGUGAUUCAUACGUGAUAAUAUGAUUUUAAACUUAAAAAUUUUUUAAGUCUCUUAAACUCAUGCACACUGUAAACAUGGUAAAUGUAGAUACAGAAUCAAUGAGCAGACAUACAAACACACACAGAGUGAAUAAAAGCCCUGCUACGUUA